AUGCUUCAUCUACAAUCUAGUCCAGGAUUAGCCCGACAAUUACUUGCUGACUCAGCUGCAUUGGCGGCUUUCUCCCACUUACAAUACCUAGACUUAAGAACCAAUAAUCUCACUGACAUACGCAAUGAUUUGUUAUAUUAUUUAGUUCAACUUAAAACUUUGAGAUUACAUGGAAAUAAAAUAAAUUGUAGUUCUGAACUAUGGCUAAAAGACUGGAUGACUUGGAAUAAUAGUUUAUCAAACGGUGAGACUUGUUACUAUUCUACAUCAGAAAGUAAAGCAGAUAUAACCAAAUAUAAUUGUACGUUCUCAGAAACAUUUACUAUCAGUGAAAGUCUACCUCCGGUAAAUCUAUACAGCACAGAAAUGAUUAAUAAAUUGCUAAGGUACUAUGGUUACCUGAAUAAUAAAACAGACAGAGCUUCCAAGCAUGAAAACAAUAUUCACAUUGAUAAAAAUAUUUCGGGCUUGACAAAAUCAGAAAAGCUUUUGACUAAAACAAAGCAAAAAGAUCAACUUUUAUCUCAUGUAUUACGAAUGGAAAAUUUAUUACUGUCAAAGAAAGACAAUAAAAAUAUACUUACGGAUUAUUUCAACGAAACAACCGUUGUGAAGGCAAGGGAAUCAUCAAAAAUUUUAGAUCAAAACAAACUACAAAAUGAUAAAUUCAGCAUCGAUCACAAGUUUUUAGAUAUCGACCCUUAUGUAGCUCUGCCAACAAAAAGUUCAGAAAGGACUGAUCAUGAUGACACACUCGAGGUUCGCCAUAAAAACAGAUCCGGGAAGCGUUUGAACACGCCAAUCAAUAUAACCAAAAACGUGCCUGAAGAUUCGUUUAAAAAUACAACGGAAGUUAAGGUUUUAGGAAAAUUAUCGCAUGGUAUAGAUAAAUAUUCCAGAACAGUGUACUCAGCUAAUGUCAGUGAUCGAACCGAAUAUUCACCUUAUCAGUCUACACACAACAAUUAUGGUCAAUAUAUAGGUACUCUCGCAGUAUGUAGUUUGAUAGUGAUGUCUCUGAUACUGUGGGCGAGUUUCCGACUGCGGUAUAGGAGAAGAAGAGUGCCGGUUGUUAAUGAUGAACCUGAAGAUCAAAUGGAGGUCUCUAAUAUAUCUGGAGGGGUCCUAUGGUGA